UAAACCCCACCAAAGAAGAAGAAAGUGAACGGAAACCGGAAAGGGUCAGUGGGUCCUACAGAAUCGGCGUGUUCAUUUCAAACCUGUAGUACAAGAGAGGACGAGCACGAGAAAGAAGCUUCCCCGUCGAGAAACUUCAGUCUACAAAUCAACAUUGAUGGAGUGGCAGCCGGACGAACAGGGACUCCAGCAGGUCCUCCAGCUCCUCAAGGAUUCCCAGUCCCCCAACACGGCCACACAGAGAGCCGUGCAACAAAAACUUGAACAGCUCAACCAGUUCCCCGACUUCAACAACUAUCUAAUAUUUGUGCUCACAAGACUGAAAACUGAAGAUGAACCCACUCGUUCUCUGAGUGGUCUGAUCCUGAAGAACAAUGUGAAGGCCCACUACCAGAACUUCCCCCCGGCCGUGGCUGACUUCAUCAAGCAGGAAUGCCUCAACAACAUAGGCGACCCGUCGCCCCUCAUCCGCGCCACCAUCGGUAUCCUGAUCACCACAAUCACUUCUAAAGGGGAGCUGCAGACCUGGCCAGAGCUGCUUCCCCAGCUGUGUAACCUGCUCAACUCUGAGGACUACAACACCUGUGAGGGCUCGUUUGGAGCCCUGCAGAAGAUCUGCGAGGACUCGUCGGAGCUGUUGGAGAGCGACGCACUCAACCGCCCGCUCAACAUCAUGAUCCCCAAGUUCCUGCAGUUCUUCAAGCACUGCAGCCCUAAGAUCAGAUCUCAUGCCAUCGCCUGUGUGAACCAGUUCAUCAUCGGCAGAGCCCAGGCCCUGAUGGACAACAUCGACACCUUCAUUGAGAGCCUGUUUGCGCUGGCUACAGACGAGGACUCUGAGGUGAGGAAGAACGUGUGCCGGGCUCUGGUCAUGCUGCUGGAGGUCCGUAUCGACCGGCUGAUCCCUCACAUGCACAGCAUCAUACAGUACAUGCUGCAGCGCACACAGGACCCGGAUGAGAAUGUUUCUCUGGAGGCCUGUGAGUUCUGGCUCACCCUGGCUGAGCAGCCCAUCUGUAAAGAGGUGCUCUCUGGACACCUGGUGCAGCUCAUUCCUAUCCUGGUGAACGGCAUGAAGUACUCUGAGAUAGACAUUAUCCUGCUGAAGGGUGAUGUGGAGGAGGACGAGGCUGUGCCAGACAGUGAGCAGGACAUCAAGCCUCGCUUCCACAAGUCCCGCACCGUCACCCUGCAGCACGAGGGAGGAGAGGGCGAGGAGGGAGAGGACAUCGAUGAAGACGACGAUGAUGAUGACGAUACAUUAUCUGACUGGAACCUACGCAAGUGUUCGGCGGCAGCGCUGGAUGUGCUGGCCAAUGUGUUCCGAGACGAGCUGCUGCCUCACCUGCUGCCCCUGCUCAAGGGCCUUCUCUUCUCCCCUGACUGGGUCACCAAGGAGUCUGGCAUCCUGGUGCUGGGGGCCAUCGCUGAGGGCUGUAUGCAGGGCAUGGUGCCCUACCUCCCGGAGCUCCUCCCCCACCUCAUUGCAUGCCUGUGUGACAAGAAGGCCCUGGUGCGCUCCAUCGCCUGCUGGACCCUGUCCCGCUACGCCCACUGGGUGGUCAGCCAGCCACCAGACUCCCACCUCAAACCCCUGAUGACCGAGCUGCUCAAGAGGAUACUGGACGGCAACAAGAGGGUGCAGGAGGCCGCCUGCAGUGCGUUUGCCACCCUGGAGGAGGAGGCAUGUACAGAGCUGGUGCCCUACCUCAGCUUCAUCCUGGACACGCUGGUGUUCGCCUUUGGCAAGUACCAGCACAAGAACCUGCUCAUCCUCUACGACGCCAUCGGAACGCUCGCCGACUCCGUAGGACACCACCUCAACCAGCCUGAGUACAUCCAGAAGCUGAUGCCUCCCCUUAUUGCCAAAUGGAAUGAGCUGAAGGACGAGGACAAGGAUCUCUUUCCACUUCUGGAGUGCCUGUCGUCGGUGGCCACGGCCCUGCAAAGUGGCUUCCUGCCCUACUGUGAGCCUGUCUACCAGCGCUGUGUAACCCUGGUCCAGAAGACCCUCGCUCAGGCCAUGAUGUACAACCAGCACCCUGACCAGUACGAAGCUCCUGACAAGGACUUCAUGAUUGUGGCCCUGGACCUGCUGAGUGGCCUGGCCGAGGGCUUGGGGGGCAGUGUGGACCAGCUGGUGGCCCGCAGCAACAUCAUGACCCUGCUCUUCCAGUGCAUGCAGGACCCUAUGCCAGAGGUAAGACAGAGCUCCUUUGCCCUGCUGGGUGACCUGACCAAGGCCUGCUUCCCUCAUGUCAAACCCUGCAUUGCCGAGUUCAUGCCGAUCCUGGGCCUGAACCUGAACCCAGAGUUCAUCUCUGUGUGUAACAAUGCUACCUGGGCCAUUGGCGAGAUCGCCAUGCAGAUGGGGAGAACUGACAAGAAGGAUGAAGGAGAUUGCUCAGGAGCAGACAUGCAACCCUAUGUUGGGCUGGUCCUCAACAACCUGGUGGAGAUCAUCAACAGACCUAACACACCCAAGACCCUCCUGGAGAAUACAGCCAUUACGAUCGGCAGGCUGGGCUACGUGUGUCCACAGGAGGUGUCUCCCAUGCUGCAACAGUUUAUCAGACCCUGGUGCACAUCGUUGAGGAACAUCAGGGACAAUGAGGAGAAAGACUCUGCGUUCCGUGGAAUCUGCAUGAUGAUUGGAGUCAACCCCGCUGGAGUGGUUCAGGACUUCAUCUUCUUCUGUGAUGCUGUGGCCUCCUGGGUUAGUCCUAAGGACGAUCUGAGAGACAUGUUCUACAAGAUCCUCCAUGGCUUCAAGGACCAGGUGGGCGAGGAGAACUGGCAGCAGUUCUCAGAACAAUUCCCCCCUCUGCUGAAGGAGAGGCUGUCGGCCUGCUAUGGCGUGUAGUUCCCCUCGCCGACACAGGACACGCCUGUCAGGUUUAAUCUACGGGAGGGUUACUGGGGGAACUCGUCCAUCUGUGUUACUGCACUGCCCUGAUCGUGGGGGCAGGAGGAGAGGGACUGGCCCUGGCUCCUGUCCAUUCAGACUACAAGUCCCACGACCCUGUGUGUCUCUGUGAGGGUGGGUGGGAGGGAGGGUUACUGGGAGGGAAACUGGGGAGAAAGCCUCUGGAUUUCAAACGCCAAACUUAAAUCCGACGACAUACUCCGAUGUAACCAAAGCCACAGGUUUCUGUAAGAGGGGGAGGGAGGGUAGGAUAAGCAUAUGCAGGGGUCGGCUGCGAACGGCCCUAAAUCCAUUCGAUAACUCUUUAGAUACCAAGGUUAGAGGAGAGCUGUGGUGGGAGGGCGGGCGGGGUGGCAGCAACCCCGGAAUAAAUAAAUUAAGGAGAAAUCUAAAAACCAGCCCAGGAGCCACAGUUUAAAAACACAACUCACAUAAUAUGUAGACUGGCACACUUAGACUUAGUUCAGGAAGGGAAGGUAGUUGCCCUGGCCCGAACGACCAAUCUGUGCACAAGCACUUUGCAUUCAUUCUACAGUAGUCAUUUGAUAAUCUAUACAAAGGCUGUGGGCGGGAUACUGAAGUAGCGCUAAUGUUUUAUAAUAGCUUCCCGAAGGCUAGCCUCAGAGGGGAAACAUGAAAUGCUUUUCAACGUAAUGACGGGGAAAGUUCUAGAAGAGUCAUCUGCACCUUUGCUACUCAAGCGUUCAUAGACAGUACAGUACCAUACCUGUUCAUAUUGGGACUUCUCUAUUAAACAUAGGUCUAUUUACACAGUUUUUCUUCCUUUUCCCACAUUUGCUGAAUUCAUUUUACUUUUUGAAAUUACUUCUUUUUUUAUUUUAUUUUUUUAGAGAAAUUCUAAUUUAAAUGUAGUCUUUUUUUCCUUUCAUAGUUUUUACUACAACAGACACAAUCCUUCCAGGAAUCAUUUUACUGUAGUGCUGACAAAGGUCAUUUUUCCAAUAAGGGAUUGAUUGGUUUGCAUGGCAAUGAUAACCUCUUAAGUGACGUGUAUCUCAUUGUUACAAGUAGAUUUUUACAUUUAGAAACAAUGGUAGUCAGCUUAUCGUUCUAACGUAACGACACCAGGUUAUUUAGCCACCCCCAUCGUACUUAUUCUGUGAGCAGCCCUCCCCGUCGCCAGACCUAACAAACCGGACGGGUGGCUUUCUAUAGGGUGGAGAUCCAGCGAUGCCAUAGUUCAGAGACGCCAUAUUCAAUCCAUCUUCUGGAAGAAUCACAUCCCUGCAACCAGUCAUACUCCCUUUUGCUGCUACUCUUGUUUUUCUAGUAUUUACAAUGGUCUAGAGCAUCAAGGCUUCAGGAAGAACUUUAGAAGAAAUCAGUUGCUGGUUCUAAUUGAUAUUAUGCACUUGUUUUUUUUUUUACAACUUAUGGCUUGCUGAAGUAAGAGACGAUAUAAAUAAGAUAUUGUAUAAGCAAUGGUCAAAAUGAGAAUUUUAGGAUAAGCCUAACGCCGCCGCUCAUAUGCUUGGUUUAAAAGUAAGGCAUGCAAUCAGAUGGAAUAGAUUUAAAGGGUAAGGAGAAGACCAUAGAUUUAAAGGGUAAGGAGAAGACCAUAGAUUUAAAGGGUAAGGAGAAGACCAUAGAUUUAAAGGGUAAGGAGAGGACCAUAGAUUUAAAGGGUAAGGAGAGGACCAUAGAUUUAAAGGGUAAGGAGAGGACCAUAGAUUUAAAGGGUAAGGAGAAGACCAUAGAUUUAAAGGGUAAGGAGAAGACCAUAGAUUUAAAGGGUAAGGAGAAGACCAUAGAUUUAAAGGGUAAGGAGAGGACCAUAGAUUUAAAGGGUAAGGAGAAGACCAUAGAUUUAAAGGGUAAGGAGAGGACCAUAGAUUUAAAGGGUAAGGAGAAGACCAUAGAUUUAAAGGGUAAGGAGAAGACCAUAGAUUUAAAGGGUAAGGAGAGGACCAUAGAUUUAAAGGGUAAGGAGAAGACCAUAGAUUUAAAGGGUAAGGAGAGGACCAUAGAUUUAAAGGGUAAGGAGAGGACCAUAGAUUUAAAGGGUAAGGAGAAGACCAUAGAUUUAAAGGGUAAGGAGAAGACCAUAGAUUUAAAGGGUCAAUCAGCAUUUUGAACAAUACCAAACGGCUAAUCGGCCACUGAUGUGGUAAACAGCUGAGGGAUGAGGCUGGAGAAAUGUAACGACUCUCAACCUCAUGGACAGAGUAAUGGAUACAGGGACUGACUGUCCAUUAUAUCAAGAUUAUCGUUUUAACCAUGUUUUGAGCCUAUACAGUGUUUGUAUACAUUAUUAACAAACAAAACUAAAAAAGCUUAUUUUGGGUUCUGACAGUUGAGCUAAACGCAUUAGGCAUAUGUUAUAGUCAGGAAUCAAUGGGUAUCAUUUAAUUUGAAAGCCCUUUUAAAGGGGAAGGACUGACAGACAUCAAGUAUUUUGGAUCAAAUGUACUUCCCACCAGUGUUUCCAGACAGUCCAACAGAAAAUUGACCAGCCUUUUCUACGUGAGCAGAAUGAUGAGUAUGUAGGGGGGAAUGAAAUGAGUCCACGAAGAUGGAAAAAGACCUUGACUAGUCAGUCGGCUAUCAUAAUAAUACAUAAUACAUAUCUCGUCCAUGGUCCCGAACAACCUUGAGUUGCAUGCUUUUCCAUAAUCACUUUAUUUGACUAUCAUCUUAUUAAAGGCCCUUCUAGGGGGACGUCUUUAAGCGCUUCAUCAAUUGCAACGCACCCACGCAUGCUGUGAUAAUAAAAGUGGGCGGCUAUCUUUAGUAGAAGUAUGAAAAGUCCAGGUAAAACUGGCUCUAGUCCAGUUGGUGGUGGCUGUUGCCAUUUGCUGUUUUCCUCAACCCGUUGAUACUGUGUAGGAUAUGUCUGGGUAUUAUACUGAUCCUAAUUCUCUUUGUUUCCCCUGAGGUUGGAUACAUUAACAUUCGUGAGGGAGUGAUUGUCUGGUAUUUUGUCAAUGUCUGGCGGUCUGUCACGUCGGACUAUUUCGUUGCGUGUCUGUACUUUACUGUAAGUGUGCGUGCCGUUUAGACUCAACUUUGCACCGGCCCUCCCGCAAGGUGAUGGACAUGUAGCUCACACUUGAGAUAUUGGAGAAACCCUGUGUAUCAUCAACACUUGUCAUAUUUUACCAUCUCAGUUUGUGAUUGCCAGUCGUACAUCAGUUCUCUUUCAAAGCUUAGCUGAGAUUUAGCGAGUCAAUGAAACUAUGGAAGUCUUUAUCUUACGCCGCACCACGAAAAUAGAUAUUCAGAAUGUGAAGAAAACACUGCCUUAAGCGUCAGGCGUACCUGUGAAAAUGCAAUUUCAACGAAGCUGUAUACAGAUGUGUAUUUAUCCAUAUAACGUGGAUUUUAACACUAACCCACUUGUACAUAAGUGGUUGAUUGGACAGUAUUUUGAAUCUUUACACACUUUUGUAAACCACUUCCACCCUUAGAGGGUGACACUUUAAUCAUAUCCUAAAGGGGUAAACUGAAAUGCAGGUUGAGAGUAGGAUAGGUGUGCACAGAGAGACUGGCUAAUUGCCACAGUCCUUGCACAAUGCUCCCAAUGUGAUACUGGUCCUAUCAGGAAGAAUUGGGUCAAAAUGUUGAACGGUGUUAAAUCUCUUAAAUCGUAGUAACGAAACAUUGAUCUCAAAACCAUCUAUUAUUCUCAAGUUUAGUGUUCCACAAGUUGAGGCAUUUAACUUUUUUCCAAGGCUGAGAUGUUCAUUUUGUUUUUUUUAUUUAUGUUCUUUUUUAUUUUAAAUUACUUUUUUUUGUUUUUGUGCAGAAGCGCACAAAGUUUUUUUUAGACUUUAAAAGUUUUUUCCCUGUAAUGUUCUUUUUAUUUAAAGAAUUUUUUUGUUUUCGUUGUUUUAUAGCGGACCAUUUGAUUUUUGUCAAUUUUAAUGUAAAGUGGUAGUACUGAGAAGGGGAGACAGAGCGUGGUGCAUACCUGGGGAAAGAAGGGAAGAAUUGUGAAAACUGUAUUUUUGUUUCAAUCUAGAUAUCAGCCUUGAGGAAUGAAUUUCAUGUAGUACUGGUAUUUUUUUCCUCAACUGUGGUGCAGGUGGGAUGUUAACUGAUGUAUCGCUUUCUAGUUUACUUUUGUGAAUGGGAAAAUAAAAGGUUUUCUAUCAAGCUGGGAAUAAA